AUGGCUGUGGGAUCCCAGGCCCCAGCACUUGCCGUGACCCUGGUGCUCGCCCUGCUCAGCCUGGCACCCGUGCCCACCUCGGGAGGAUGCCCGGCGGCUUGCCGGUGCUCUUUCGCCAUGCUGCAGUGCCUGGAGCCUAAUGGUAUCAGCAGCAUCCCGGCACUGGCGCUGCAAGAGAGCGAGAAUGUGACAGAGAUUUACAUAGAAAACCAAGCAGCCCUGGAGAAUAUAACAGAAAUGGAUCUUUUGAACUACAGAGAACUGAAGAACCUCACUGUCACAUCAUGUAAGCUGAGGCUCAUCUCUUUCAAUGCCUUCCAAUUCAACCUCAAGCUCCAGUAUGUGAACCUGGCAUCAAACUCUCUGGAACACGUCUCCUGGAAGGUGUUUCAUUUUCUACCACUGCUCAACCUGGUUUUGAGGGACAACCCCCUCAUAUGCUCAUGUGACCUCCACUGGCUCCAGCACUGGCAGCAUAAUGAACGCGGUGACCUGGAAAAUCAAAUGGUGUCAUGUUUCUCCGACAAUCAAGAAGUAGCCCUCAAUUCUUUGGUGAUAGAAAACUGCAGUCUGCCUGAGGUGACUAUUGUCUCCUUCAAAGACUCAAAGAUUCAACAAGGAGGCAACCUGACAUUUGCGUGUCAAGUGACAGGAAGUCCCACUCCCACUGUGAGAUGGCGAACAAAUGAGCUCAACUCUCACUUCUUUACCCAGGAGAUAAUCUGGGGCUCCACAUUAGAGCUGGUCCUUUUCCUCACCAAUGUUUCUUCUUAUGACAACCUCUACAACUUAACUUGUGAGGCCGAGAACCAAGCUGGGCCCGGGGAGGACAUUGUGCAAUUGGACAUUGAGUUUCCAGUCAAAAUCGUCUUCAUGAAGGACGCUGUGCAGCAGCACCACUGGUGUUUCCCCUUUGCUGUGGACGGAAAUCCUGAACCACACAUCAGCUGGCGCUACAACGGCAAUGAACUCAAAAUGAGCAAAUACACAUACAUCCAGCUCAUCCCUGACUCGAGCGACGGAUCAGUGAAACACGGAUGUCUCUUCCUCAACAAGCCCACCCACAUCAACAACGGCAACUACACUCUGAUUGUGCAGAACAAACUGGGAAGGGAUGAGGCCACAGCUAUUGGGAGCUUUAUGGACAACCCCUUCGACCCGCUCGAUCCUGAGGGGAUAAUUCCAGUUCCUACAAACAAAUCAAACAUGGAUGUCACAGAGAACCCAGAGAGUCGAGUGUUUGUGGUGUCUGUGGCUGUGGGUCUCGCUGUGUUUGCCUGCAUUUUCCUUCUCAUCAUGGUUUUGGUUAUUAACAAGUGUGGCCAGCAUUCCAAGUUUGGUAUUCACCGUUCAUCAGUUUUGGGCACCGAGGAUGACUUGGCCGUGUCGCUUCGUUUCAUGAACUUCGGAACCAGCCCGCCUUCCUCAGAUGAAGACUCUGGUUUAUCCAGCUUUGUAGAGAAUCCACAGUACUUCUGCGGCAUCAUCAAGGAGAAAGACAUGUGUGUCCAGCAUAUUAAAAGGCAGGACAUUGUGUUGAAGUGGGAGCUGGGUGAAGGAGCGUUUGGGAAAGUGUACCUGGCAGAAUGUGCCAACCUCAGCACCGACAGCGACAAGAUGCUGGUCGCCAUCAAGACUCUAAAGGACGCCAACGAGUCGACCCGGCAGGACUUCCAGAGGGAGGCGGAGCUGCUGACGGUGCUCCAACACCAGCACAUUGUGCGAUUCUACGGCGUCUGUACAGAUGGAGAGCCACUGGCUAUGGUGUUCGAGUACAUGAGGCACGGAGACCUCAACAGAUUUCUUAGAGCUCACGGCCCUGAUGCUCGUAUCCUGGAGGAGACGAAGAUGCCCCCGCUGGGUCAGCUCACUCUGCCUCAGAUGCUGCACAUCGCCGCACAGAUCGCCUCGGGCAUGGUCUACCUGGCAUCGCUGCACUUCGUCCACCGUGACCUGGCAACCCGCAACUGUCUGGUUGGGGAGGGCGUGGUGGUCAAAAUCGGAGACUUCGGCAUGUCCAGAGACAUCUACAGCACAGAUUACUAUCGGGUGGGCGGACGUACGAUGCUGCCGAUCCGCUGGAUGCCACCGGAGAGCAUCAUGUACAGGAAGUUCACCACGGAGAGCGACAUCUGGAGCUUCGGCGUGGUCCUCUGGGAGAUCUUCACCUACGGCAAACAGCCCUGGUAUCAGCUGUCCAACAGUGAGGCCAUUGAAUGCAUCACGCAGGGACGGGAACUGGAAAGGCCACGCACCUGCCCCAAGGAGGUGUACAUGCUGAUGCAGGGCUGCUGGCAGAGAGAGCCCCAGCAGAGGAUGGUCAUCAAGGACAUCCACAGCCGCCUGCUGGCCCUGGUCAAGAACCCGCCGGUUUACCUGGAUAUCCUGGGCUAAAGGGGUCGAGAACCAACCAGGGAUUCAAAAUGCUGGGGAGGUUGAGGUUCUGAUUUGAGAGCUAAAACUUGUCCAUUUAAUCCCAUUAUUCUAAUCAGGGGGUUAUUACUUUAAACAAGUUCUUCUUGGUUUAUGUUUAAAAAUAUGUCCCAGUUGCUGCUUUUCCAGCCUCGAUGCUCGAUGGAGGAACCACCUGAGCUUUCCGCUUUAGUUACACCUCAUCCCGGCUCGCCCCCGACCCCUGUUUACUUCCCCGUCAUUCUCUGGAAACUUGUCAAAUGUUUACCAAAGUGUUUAAUGUUUAUCUGAAGUGGGAUCCGCCAGAUGGAUGGACAUGCAUGGAUUCAAGUGUUGAAGUAACUGUAUAUAUGGGCUUUACGUUGCUGGGAGUGCGAUAUCAGAUGAUGGCUUGUCGGGGGAUUUUGGCUCUGAGCUGAGCUGUGCCACAUUUUAUACGACUCUACAGCCGACACUUGUGUUGAAACGCAAUUAGAAAAUGAAACGGAUGAUUACAAGAGAGGGCACUUCACAUCCCGAGUCAAAAGUGGAAACCAAUUUUUCAGAUUUAGGCACAGCAGACAGUCACUUGUACAGUAGAGUCACUGUUUUUGGAUAGGUUUUGAUACGCAAAGUUAUUUAAAGGCUUUCAGUAAAUGUAUAUAAGAUAUCAAAGUUGUACAAUCAAAAAAAGCUUGUUUGUUUCCGAUGUGUCAAAUCCAGUGUAUCAUAUGAGUAUUUUUAAAAAACAAGAACAAAAUGUCA